GUGCUGGAUGGACUGAGUUUCUUGCAUUCCGGCGGCUUCACCCAUGGCCUAUUUGGGCCCUUGGCAGUCUUUGUCAAUUCACAAGGAGACUACAGGCUCGGAAGUUUUGAGCUGUGCCAGAAGGGAAUGGAUACAGGCACCGCGAUUGCCUCGCGGCGCCGGGUUGGGCCAACAUUUUCAGGGUGCCGGGCUUGA